GCGAAGUCGCCGAGUGCCCCGAGUUGUAAAAUGACAAAAUUAAGGGGAUAGUUCUUGACCUAUUGAUUUUAUUAUGGGGAAACAAAGCAAAAAAGUUAAACUUAACUUAUUAAAGAAUAAUAUACGUUUAGAAUAAUGUGAUACUUCGUAACUUGUUAAUACGAUUUCGUCGUAAUAAUGGAUCAUAACAUCAACUCUCGAAAAUUUAUAGCUAUAGCCUCUGUAGCUUGGGCUUGCCACUUUGUCUCUCUAUGGGGUGGAUUUGUAUUCGACGAUUCCGAAGCCAUAGUAAAAAAUAAAGAUAUAUUUCUAUAUACACCGGCAUCCUCGGCAUUUUACAAUGACUUCUGGGGUAGUAAUAUUUCCCUCAACAGUAGUCAUAAGAGUUAUAGACCUCUUACUAUAUUAUCCUUCCGACUGAACAUGUUUUUCUCAAACAAUAGACUGGAUGCAUUUCAAUUUCAUACAGCAAACGUUGUACUGCAUGGUAUAUUAUCAAUAAUGUCCUUACCAUUUUUUGAAUGUUUGUUAAAGAGAAGGAAACAAAGAAAAUCGCUUGUACCCAUGGACGACCCAGCCUUCACUGGAGCAUUGUUAUUUGCUUCACAUCCGAUUCAUUGUGAAUCUGUUGCAGCUUUAGUGGGUCGUGCAGAUAUUUUGGGCUCUAUACUGUUUAUGUUACUAAUAAUUCUUUAUAAGUCUCAAACAAAUAUCUCAUGGAUUCUUAUUGUAUUUGUUAUUUCAAGCGCAGCCGUUUUGUGUAAAGAGACUGCAAUUACUGUGUUAGGGAUGUGUGUUAUAUAUGAGAUUUACCUCAAAAAAGUAUCUUUAAAAAGUUGGCGUCAUAUAACCAAAAAAAAAUUCAUGUUAAGAAUGGGGUAUUUAGCUUUAUUAGGGAUUAUUAUAUUGUAUUUGAGAUUAAGAAUUAUGAAUUUUGAAGGUCCGAUUUUCAGUCCAACUGAUAAUCCAGCUUCGUUUUCUGACAAUAUUUUAACAAGGAUUUUAACUUAUAAUUAUUUAUAUUUGUUGAAUGUUGUUUUGUUAUUUUGGCCCCAGUGGCUGUGUUUUGAUUGGUCCAUGGGUUGCAUACCUCUAGUGGAAUCAUUCUCCGAUCAACGUGUAAUUUUUGUUGUGUUAUUUUGGCUUGUUACUGCUGUGGUUGUCUACAAACUAGUCCGAAGUUGUCUUGUAACUAACAAAAUAAACGUAACUACUAUGGCUGCUUGUCUGUGUGUUUUACCAUUUUUACCCGCAUCCAAUCUGUUUUUUAAAGUUGGUUUUGUAAUAGCAGAACGUACUCUAUUGUUACCCAGUGCAGGCUUUUCAUUAAUGGUGGCUGUAGGAUUAGAAAAAUUAAAAGACAGAUACGGGAGUCUGAAAAAAAUUUUUUCGUUUUUCUAUAUUCUGCUCAUAAUCACCUUUAUUUUACGUUGUAUUAUACGCAAUUACGAAUGGCUCAAUGAAGAAAGACUGUUCAAAUCGGCUCUAGAAGUAUGCCCUUUGAACGCAAAAGUUCAUUAUAAUAUAGCAAAGGUUGAGGCAGAUCAAGGGAAUAAAUUAAUUGCCAUCGAGAAAUACCGUCAUGCUUUAAAAUUGUAUCCAGAUUAUGAACAAGCCAUGAACAAUCUUGCUAAUAUUUUGCGUGAGGAUGGUGACCUAAAGGAAGCUGAAAUUUUACUUAAAAAAGCUGUUCAGGUAAGGCCUAACUUUGCAGCAGCAUGGAUGAACCUGGGCAUUGUAUUAAGCGGAAAAAGUCGCUUUGAAGAAGCGGAGGAGGCUUAUAGAACAGCUUUAAAAUACCGUACACGUUACGCGGAUGCUCAUUACAAUUUAGGAAAUCUCCUGUUGGACUUGGGAAGACAUCAGGAAGCUCUGGAAUCUUGGAAAGAAGCGACGAAAGUACGUCCUACUCAUUCAGCUGCUUGGGCCAACGCUCUAGCUCUCUUAGAUUCAGAUGGUAGAGCAGCCGAAGCUGUAGAAUUGGGCCUCAAAGCUCUGAGAUACAUUCCAAGAGCUCCAGCAAUUCAUUUUGCUUUGGGAAAUGCUUUAGGAAAACUAAAUAGGUUUCUUGAAGCAGAGGCUCACUUUUUACAAGCUAUCAAGAUAAAUGAUAAUAAUGCCCUGUAUUAUUCAAAUUUAGGUGUUUUAUAUCACCGUUGGGAGAAAACGAAGAAGGCCAGCGAAAUGUACCUUAGGGCGUUAAAAAUCGAUCCCCAUUUGAGGUCGGCCCAAAACAACCUGAAAAAACUGGAAUCUUUCCUCCUGAGUAGUGCAAAUGCUCAAGCGAAAAAACGUUUAAAUCUUUAAAAAUAAAUGGUGUAUGUCUAUGUGUAUGCUCAUUGUGACACUAAUAUCAAUAAAUAUGACUGUUUAUACGUGA